UAGUUAUUUGUCUCAAAUGUCAAAACAGAACCGAAUCAAAUCGUUGCGCAUAAAUUUGGAACAUUGUUUUUAACAUUUGAUUACUAAUAUAGAAAACUGUUUGAGUAAAAAAAAAAUUAAUUUAAUUUAAUGCACAUCACACAAGUGGUUAAUGUAAAUUGAUGAACGUACAAAUGGGUAGUGAAUUGAAUCUAGAGACUACAGAAUCCAGUUGGACCGGUGGUUGGUUCAGCUGGACGCGCCAAUCAGAUGCGAUGCUACGUCAUGUCGAGAAGAAAAUAUUAUCAUGUUUGAAAACUGCGUACAAAAGGUUCUACGUGGAUAUCGGCUCAGUUGUCGGUCAGAGCGACAAAAUAUGGACGGUAUCGUUGAACGACGAGUCCUCGAGGACUCCGCUGGUGAUGCUGCACGGCAUGGGAGCAGGCCUGGCGCUCUGGUGUCCGAACUUCGACGCCCUCGCCGAGACCAGGCCGGUCUACGCCAUAGACUUAUUAGGCUUCGGCCGCAGUUCGAGGCCCAAGUUCGCCACGGAAGCCCUGAAGGCGGAAGCUCAGUGGGUCGAGUCUGUGGAGGAGUGGCGCCGCGAGGUCAACCUUCCGCAGUUCAUACUACUGGGUCACAGUCUUGGUGGUUAUAUCGCGACGUCUUACGCCAUGAAAUACCCUGAAAGGGUGCGACAUUUAAUCCUGGCGGAUCCGUGGGGCUUCCCUGAGCGUCCUGCCGGCGCCGAGAAGCAGCAGCUCCCGCUGUGGGUGCGCGCCAUCGGGACCGCGCUGCAGCCGCUCAACCCGCUGUGGGCGGUGCGCGCCGCCGGGCCCGCCGGCCGCUGGCUCGUCAGCAGAACCCGACCGGACAUCUCGAGGAAGUACAACGGAUACGUGAACGACGCGGACAACGUCAUCCCGGAGUACAUCUACCAGUGCAACUCGCAGACGCCGAGCGGCGAAAGCGCUUUCCACUCGCUCAUGACCGGCUUCGGUUGGGCGAAGAAUCCGAUGGUGAAGCGAAUCGACAAGCUGAGCCCGGCCCUGCCCAUCACCGUGCUGUACGGCUCCCGGUCCUGGGUGGACAACAGCACCGGCCACGUGCUCAGCGAGCACAGGCCGCACUCCAGAACCUACGUACAGGUGAUAAAUGGCGCAGGUCAUCACGUUUACUUAGACAAACCGGAGCUAUUCAAUAAAUACGUGUUGGAAGCGUGCAGUAGGGCCGACGAAUACGACCCGAGAACUAGCACCGUUGCUGAAGGCGAUACGAACAAAACCGAAGAACAUAAUUCUUGAUGAACCGUUCUUUUAAAUUGUACGGGUUAUAUGUUGUUAUUAUUAAAUCGCGUGUUUAAUCUGUGGUGCGAAGGCAAAUGGAUCGCAGAACGGAGUGCCUUGUUCGUUUUACCUCAUUGACUGUCGUUAUCUGUAAAUAAAAAUUGUUUAUACAAAAAUGUUGUGGGAAUUUUGUGACCUCAUUCGAAGAUAGUAUUAUAUAGUUUUUUGGGAUGUUUGAGAGUUUAAUACAAAGGCUUCUUAUGGACGUUGUUUGCACUGGAAACAUUUUAGAUUUUAUUUUUGUUACAAAAAUGGGUGUGGUUUUGUCUAGAAGGUUUUGUAAUGGUUUUUAACGGAUGCGUAUUUCUAGAAAUUUGUUUAUCGUAUUUGUCUACGUUGUACAUCGGAAGCGUUGUGACAUUUAACGAAUUAAAACGAACUUCAAAUGAUUUGACAUCAAACACUGUCAACUGUCAAUCGUAAACUUAAAAUGUGGUUAAAGAUAAGACUUUUACUACUCUGUAACAACUUUUAAUCAAAAUUCCAAUUGCCUUAUAUACUUAUCGAAUACUGGACAAAACAAAAUGUUAUAUUUUAAACUAUUGUUAUAUAGCCAUAGGCUUUUUUGUAACGCAGCAAAAGUUGUUUAUUGUAAAUAAAAUAUUAAUUUAUUA